CAUGAUAGUCGGAAUUAAGACCAUAGGCUGUGAUUUUUAGGCAUCGUUUUGAUCGAAGGAUAUGUUUUUUUGAUUUUUUUUUUUAGAAAAUGCAGCAUGUAAAAUUUAAUGACUGACCAAUGAGAGAACGGAUGACUGUGAGAUGCAUGUGCUUCCAGUUCAAAUAAACUCUGUCACAUGGCAAAAGAUCACAUCAUUGUAGACUCACUGUGAAACAUGGCAUCAGGUGACAAACCACCCGUAGAAAUUCCCAGUGGUUCAUCAGAACCACUCAAAGAAGAGGAGAGUGUAUUUUCAAAGCUGAAAGGAUAUUUUAAUAAAGCUCCCGAGGGAAAUGAAUUAUUUGCUCCCAUAUUUCCAGUGUCUCAGGGUCCAUAUUCUCCAAUCAGUAAUGAAGAGGUAGAUGCUUUCAUUGCAAAUGAAACAGGAUGGGAUAGGAUAAAACAUAUGUUUUCCUAUAAUCCUUUGACAAAAUUCAGUGCUGACCUGUACAAUGUAUUCAGUGUAGCAGCUCCCGUGACAAUCUUCUCCGGUAUGAUUAUAGGAGCCCUCCGAUACCCCAGGGCCAAAGAGGACUUCAUGAGAAGUCCAGAGAGAGGGCUAGUGAAAUUUCAGAGGAAAAAUCUUCGAAUGGCUAAAAGGUAUAAGUAUGAUAUUAUCACACUGGAUGUGAUGAAGACAGCUGGUCGAGCAGCAUUUAAAUUUGGUGGAUUUUUUACAUGUAUUUUACUGGUGAAUCAGACUUUAGCUACAUACAACAAUAAGUCAAGUCCACUGUAUUAUGGGGCAGGGGGAGCGGCAGCUGGAGCACUCAAUAAAUUCAGCUACGGUGUCCGGGCGAUGGUGUCAGGGGGUACAGUAGCUGGUAUAAUGGGGUUGCUUUAUGGUGGCGCAUUUUGUGUAUUUUUAAAUCAUUUUGGUAUGACACAAGAUAAACUUCACUGGGAGGAUGUUAAAAAGAGACUUGAAGUUGGGUUUGAACAAUCCCAGAAGAAGUAUGAGAAUAAAACAGACAGUAAUAUAAAAAGCAAAGGCUCCUGACAGUGUGACAGAUUAGAUAAUUAAUAUAUCUGAGUAAGACUUUGUUCAUGACAGUUAUUUUUAUUGCUGUGUGUACUUCUUUUUGUAUGAGAGUUGUGUCACAUUGAACAUUUACGUAGCUAUGUGAUAUUUGUUGUAAGAGAAGUCAGUGUAUUUCAUGUGAUAUCAAAAUUAUUUUAUGCUAACACUCACAUGAUAUGAACACUCAUGUCAAUGUAUAUCUGAAUAAAAAACUCAGGCAGAGUAUUCAACUUGA